AUGGGUUCCAACGAUAUAUUUAGUAAACUAACUUGUGGUGCAAAGUUUAGUAGUAAAAAUAAAUUUCCACGAAAGUCACCACUCAUCAAAUCCGAACAACCCAUAGCCUGCUUGAAGAAAGUGAAGAAAGAGGAAAAUGAUGAACCAAUAGAGCACCAAGAACGUGUCUCCCAUUUCUCUCCCACGGCUCUGCCAGCCGAGAUUGAAAUAAAAAGCGAAGCAUCAUCUGCCGAAUCCGGAGACGAGCAGCCUGCUCCGCCGAAGGCCAAGAAACAGAAAGUCCUAUCGGCUGAAACGCUGGAACAAAUGCGACGCUGCAAAAUGAAAUCCCUAAGAAAAUCUAACAAAAUUUACAUCAAAAAAGGGAAAAAGUCUCCCGACGUGCCGGACAUGAUCGAAACCUUCGGGGAACUGACCAACAAGUACAAUGUAUCGCACCAGCUUGUGGCCAACAUCGUGGCAUGCUACAGCAAGCCAACACCGGUACAAAUGCAGGCCAUACCCGUGCUACUGCACGAAACGUCGCUUCAUGCUUGCGCACCUACCGGAUCGGGCAAAACGGCCGCCUUCCUGAUUCCGAUUUUGCAUCACCUGAAAGCACCGAUGAAAUGCGGAUUCCGUGCUUUGAUCAUUUGUCCGACGCGCGAACUGGCAUUGCAAACCCAACGGGAGGCGUUACGUCUCGGCGAUGGGAUGAACUUGCGGACACACGUGAUCCGCACCGUGGACGAUCGGCGAAAGUGUGACUACAGUUUGGAUGGUGGUCGCAAGUAUGACAUUCUCGUUACCACUCCCAACCGAAUCUGCUAUUUGCUGUCCCAAAAGCCACCACAAAUCGGUCUGAGCAACAUCCAGUGGGUCGUUGUGGACGAGGCUGACAAGCUGUUCGAGGAUUCGAAAAACUCAUUCCGCGAACAGCUGGACACCGUGCUGAAUGCUUGCGUGAAUCCUACGAAGGUGGUCGCUCUAUUCAGUGCAACCCAAACACGCGAGGCCGACCAGUGGGUCGCUGCAAAUGUUCCGAGGCGUAUCCGAUUUUGCAUUGGACUGACCAACAGUGCGGUUGAGUUAGUUGAUCAGAAGCUUCUGUUCACCGGCAGCGAAGGAGGCAAGCUGCUCGCCUUUCGCGAACUGGUAGCCCAGGGCCUCAGCCCACCGGUCCUGGUUUUCGUUCAGAGUAAGGAUCGAGCACAGCAACUGUUCACCGAGCUAAUCUACGACGGACUAAACGUGGAUGUCAUACACUCGGACCGGUCUCAGCGGGAACGGGACAACGUGGUACGGGCGUUUCGGGAGGGUAAAAUUUGGAUCCUCAUAUGUACCGAGCUGAUGAGUCGUGGCAUCGACUUUAAGGGUGUAAAUUUGGUGGUGAACUACGAUUUUCCUCCAUCGACAAUCUCUUACGUGCACAGGAUUGGUCGCACGGGACGUGCUGGGCGAACCGGGAAAGCCGUUACGUUCUUCACCAAGGAAGAUACUGCAAACUUGAAAAGUAUCGCUCAGUUAGUGAAAACUGCAGGCGGCGAAGUUCCGGACUACAUGUUGCAGCUCAGAAAUGGAGCGAAGCGCGACCGGGAAAAGUUGGCUCACAAAGCACCGAAACGCGCCAUCAUUCGAACACUGCCUUCAUUUGAGCUGCAGCAAUUGCAGCGAAAGAAAAAGUUCGUCGCGAAAAGUAAAGAGAAAAUGCGUCGGUCCGAAGGUGUAACUGGUACCAGCAACUGA